AGGUAGACUGCUUUUUUCGUUUCUCUCUUGCGUGCCAACUCCCACAUACAUAUUACUUACACACAUCCCCAGCACAAUCUCGUAAUCAUUACACUCACUCUCUCUCUCUCUCUCUCUCUCUAUAACGACACCCCACUUUGUCCUCCCUCUCUCACUCUCAAUAUAUAUAUGUGUGUGGGUUGCUCCAGCUUCUGGUAUUAGCCCCAGUUUCUCUCUCAUCUUCCUCUUCAACAAUCACUUCGAAUUUUUGUGAACCUUUGAUUAGCAGAAGAAAGACACAAGUUUUACUGUUGCAUGGUGGGGAUGGAUUCUUCAAGCGCACAGCACCAUCAUCAGGAAAUGGGAUUAGAAACGCUAGAAAGCAUGCUGGGUUGCAACAAAUCACAGCAAGAUCAAAACAAGAAGCCAAGGCCAGCUGAUAUGCAGGCUCUAAAAUGCCCUAGAUGCGACUCGGCCAACACCAAAUUCUGCUACUACAACAACUACAGCCUCUCCCAGCCCAGAUACUUCUGCAAAUCCUGCCGAAGAUACUGGACCAAAGGCGGCACCCUCCGCAACGUCCCCGUCGGCGGCGGCUGCCGCAAGAACAAGAGAUCCUCCUCUUCCUCCUCCUCCUCCUCCUCUUCCAAGAGAAGCCACGACCCUCCCCCCCUCCCCUCCCCGAUUCCCUCCAUGCCUCCUCUCUCCUACAAUUCCAACGAUCUCAACCUAGCCAUUGCCAGGCUUCAGAAGCAGAAUUCCGCCCAUCUAGGGUUAGAUGAUCACGAUUUCUCCAUGUGGGCCCAGCAUCACGGUGACGUUCUUCCCUCUUCUUCUCACGGCCUCUUUGAUGCCAUGAGAAGUGGGUUUCUUGAGAAUCAGAGCGCUGCAAAUAAUGGGAUGCACAAUUUGUAUUAUGGGAAUGUGGAGGUUGAUCAGAAUGUGGGGAUGGCGACGAGUGGGGCCCGCGAGAUGGGAAUGCCGUCCUACGACGAAUACGGCGGCGGCACGGCAGCGACCGCGGUGAAGCAGGAAUUGUGUGGCGGGAGGGACGGCGAUGGCAGGAUUUUGUGGGGUUUCCCCUGGCAGAAUAUGAGCACCGGAGAUGGCAAUGGAUCGGAUUUCGAUUCCACCAGACUGAACUGGAACGGAAUCGGCUCGUCCAAUUGGCAGGGACUUCUCAACAGCCCUCUCACGUAGAGGGUCCCCGGAAAAAAUUGCAAUUAUUUGUGACUGUGAUCACUAAUAAUUGUAAUUAUUUAGAUCAAGAAAUUGACAUGGAUUAUAGUGUUUCCUAGAGAGGGUUGGGGGAAAAGGGGAAAAGAAAAGAUGUAAUGUUGAUAUAGUUUUGCUUCUCUAGUAUUUUAACUUAAGAGAAAAGCUUAAUUUAUUGAUGUGGAUUUUGUCUGUAGUAAGAGGGAUUUGAUUCACUUGAAUCAUGUUCUGGGGUUUUUUUCUUUUUCUUGGCUGUCUACAUUUAUUUGUUUGAUGACAAACUAAUGAAAUUUCAUUUCUUGUUUUUUUA